AUGAACCUCAAGCAUCUACCACCGUCUCACAAGUCGAACAGGAUACCCGAGAAGAGAGAUAAGGAGGAUGUGAUGAAGGGAUCUUUGCGUCCUUCCACUUCUGCAAGUAGAACCACUUCAAAGCAAGGAACUUCAUCUCGAACAUCAUCAACACCCAAACCGAUCUAUCUUCCAUCAAAUCUUAGACGAACCAAGAGAGAAUCGAGCAGAAAUACACCUUCAUCACUGUCGAAGUCUUCAAGCCGUGAUAGAACCCAAGCAGGGACGGCUGUUCGAAAUCAAGAUUCAACGAGUGCAAGAAUCAACCAGUCCAGAGAUCGACUCCCACCAAGUAACAUGGUUAGUGCAUAUCCUAGUAUUUCUGGAAUGAGCGCAUUGAAGUCUACACCUCCAUCUUUUGCCAAAUCAACAUUGCGUAGCGACAAGGACCAAGAGAUGGCAAGCCGACAAACCAAGAUAGACAGACUCGGUGGAAGGGAGCUUGCAGAGCAAGAAAACUGGGUGCAAUCCUACAUCAAGGACCGCCGUUCAUGUCCCGGCGGUGUCGAUUGGAUAAAGAUGAAAGGAGGAUAUAAAUGUGUCGCAGAUCAGCAUAUGAUGACCAAUGAGAUAAUUCGAGAGGGCAAAGGAGGAAUGUUCUUCUUGGACUCAGAUUGCCUUGGGGGUAGUGUCAAGCCUUCCGAAUAUAUUGGACCCUACUACCUCGACACCCGCAACGGAAAACCGGGAAUUUGGCGACUGGGCGAAAUGAAAAAUAAGCCAAAAUAUUACCCCGACAAGUUGGAUUAUGAUGGGGGUGCAAUAGAAAACGAAGCCAGCGGUGCAGUCGAUUCUCGAAUAGGGUCUGGACGACAGAACUUUCGGGGUCUGCUAGGUGACAGCGUUGGAUACUUCGUUAAUACUAGUGGCCCUCGAUUUUCGCGAAAGUGA